AUGACAGACAAGACCUAUCCAUCUGAGACAAUCACUGAACAACAGAAGAGCCAGAUUAUUUCCUACUGGGGUUGUCCUUAUGAAGAGUAUGAUGUUGUGACAAAAGACAAUUAUGUCCUCAUAAUUUACAGGAUUCCUCAUGGAAGAGGAUGGCCAAGGAGAACAGCUCUGAAGGCUGUUGUGUAUUUGCAGCAUGUCUUAAUUGCAUCUGCUGGUAACUGGAUUUGCAACCUGCCCAACACGAGCUUGGCUUUCCUUCUGGCAGAUAAUGGUUAUGAUGUGUGGAUGAGGAGCACUCAAAGAAAUACCUGUUCCAGAAAACACUUCAAAUUUUCAGCCAAGUCACCAGAAUUCUGGGCUUUCAGUUUAGAUGAGAUGGAUAAAUAUGACCUUCCAGCCAUAAUCAAUUUUUUUGUAGAGAAAACCAGACAGGAGCGACUCUACUGUGUGGGCCACUCCCAGGGCUCCAGCAUUGCUUAUGUAGCAUUCUCUACAAAUCCAGAGGUGGCUAAAAGGAUCAUGAUACUUUUUGCAUUGGCUCCAGUCAUCACGGUGAAAUAUACUCAAAGUCCUAUGAAAAAAUUAACUCUUUCCAGAAAAGUAGUCAAGGUAUGUGACUUCCCCAAGUUUAAAUCUGUAGUAACUAAAAUUAGCUCUAUUUCCACUGACUUCAAGAGAAGGGGAUCUCACACAAAUAACAUUUUACAAACUUUAACCAACUUGGAAUUACAUCUACAAGUCAACACGUUUGCCACUCUGCAAGAAAAAAAUAUUCAUAUUUACUUGUGGCGUGAUUAUAUGAUUAACCUACAGAUGAGAAAUUAUUUCUUUACUUGGCAGAGUCGCUUGGAUGUGUAUUUGGCACAGAGCCCCACAGGAGCGUCUGUUCAGCACAUGCAGCCCUGGGCCCAGGCUGUUAAUUCUGGUCUGUUCCAAGCUUUUGAUUGGGGGAAACCUGAUCAGAACUUGAUGCAUUUCUGCUGGCUUACACCUCCCUUAUACAAUGUUACUAAGAUAGAAGUUCCAACAGCGGUGUGGACUGGUGGACAGGACCUUGUGGCUGAUCCCAAGGACGUUGAGAAUUUACUCCCUAAAUUACAGCUUGUUUAUUACAAAUUGAUUCCACACCACAAUCACGUGGAUUUUUACCUUGUCAGGAUGCACCCCAGGAAAUUUACUAUGAGCUAA